AUGCACACACGCUCUAGGGGUUUACCUUUAGAGCCUAUCGAUCUUGAGAUCGAAGCAUCCAACAGAAGGAGAAACGCUUUGAGAAGGCUAAAUCAAAGGAUCCGAGUCUCUUCUCCGGUCCAAAGACGAUCACCUUCACCAGUUCAAGAAUCACCGUCACCUACUCCAUCACCAGUUCACUCCCCUAUUCAGUUUGAGCCACAUUCUCCUAUUCUGAUGGAGAACGUAGAGGGGAAUGAUGUUCCACCACCUCCUCCAACGAAUGCUCAGCUUCAACAACAACUCGAAGACCUGCAAAGGCAGUUAAAUCAAAGGCAAAACGUGGUACCUGUCCAGAACAUGUAUGCCUAUCAUGGGGUGGCAAACCCACCCGUUGGCAACAAUGUUAAUGCCAACACGUUUGAACUCAGGAGAGGACUACUUCAGAUGGCGGAAAAUAAUGCUUUUAGAGGCCGACCCACAGAGGAUCCUAACAAGCACCUCACUAAAUUCAUCCAGAUCUGCAACACGACGAAAAUAAAUGGAGUCACAGAUGAGCAGAUCAGAUUUAGGGUGUUCCCUUUUUCUCUGGAGGAUGAUGCCAAGGAUUGGCUGGACAGUAUGGAGCCUAACUCCAUUCGCACGUGGGAUGCUAUGGUUGAGAAGUUCUUAGAAAAAUAUUACCCACCGAGUGAGGCAUUAAAGAGGCAGUCUGAGAUUAUUUCAUUUGAGAUGACUCCCCAAGAGAGUAUCCGAGGAGCUUGGGAAAGAUUCAAGGGGCUGAUGAAGAGAUGCCCCAAUCAUGGGCUGAACCCGACGCAUCAAGUCCUAGCAUUCUAUAGGGGAUGUCUGCCUGAAGCAAAGCGUGAAUUGAACCUGAGCGCAGGAGGAUCAUUGCUGAAGAAAGGAGAAGAAGAGGCCAUGGAAGUGAUUGAGAGAGUGACAUCCAAUGAUGAAGGCUGGAACAACGAGAGGAGCAGAGUACACAGGGUAGCCUCCGCCGCAGAGAGCAGCCAUAUGGACAACAUGUUCAAACAGAUGGAACUCCUCCACAAGAAGAUAGAUCUCAUGGGGAUGGGACCGGCUGUGCAGGAGCAGCAAGAGGGUAUAGAAGAUGUGAGCUACAUACACCAAGGGGGUAACAGAUAUUAUAACAACUCCCGCCCUAAUCAAGGGGGUGGAGGUUACAAUCAUUUUGGGAACAAGGCGCAUCCUAACCUAUCAUAUGGGAACCCCAACAAUGCCCUGCAGCCACCACCGGGGUUCACAGUUUCCCAAGGGAUGAUCACUGAGCCGCAGAAGAAAAGUACAGAAGAUAUACUGAGUGCAUUCAUGUUACAGUCACACAAGAACAUGGAGCACUCCAAUCAAAGGCUAGAGAAGGUUGAGAAUGAUAUGCACAACAUGUCAGUGCAUAUGAAGAGCCUAGAGACGCAAAUGAGUCAGAUUGCUCAAGCUGUGAGCAGUCAGCAUACGCCAGGGCAGUUCCCAGGACAACCAAAAGUAAACCCCAAAGAUUGCAAGGCAAUUCAGUUGAGGAGCGGGAAGAGUUAUGAGGGUCCUUCCAUGCCAGAAAUCCCACCAAAGCCUACAGUUGAGCCCGAGAGUGUACUAUUGGAAGAAGCAGAAAAAGCGGAGGAGCUUGAAACAUCACCACCCGCAGUUCAACCCGAGGUGGGCACACCAGUCAAGCCCUCGGAGGUUAGAAUACCAUUUCCCCAAGUGUUGCAAAAGAAGAAGAACGAUGAACAGUUCUCCAGAUUCUGGGACAUCUUCAAGAAAGUACAAAUUAACAUCCCACUUAUUGAGGCACUUCAGCAAAUGCCUGGGUAUGUUAAAUUUCUCAAGGAUGCGGUCUCCAAGAAGAAGAAAUGGGGACAACAUGAGACCGUCAAUUUGACGGAAAAUUGUAGUGCAAUUUUGCAAAGGAAGCUUCCGGCCAAGAUGAAGGAUCCAGGGAGCUUUACUAUUGAGUGCACUAUUGGAGAUUGUUUUGUGGGGAAUGCCCUAUGUGACCUUGGAGCAAGCAUCAACCUCAUGCCAUUGUCCUUAUAUAACAAGAUGAAGAUUGGUCCUUUGAAGCCCACCACUAUCACGCUGCAGAUGGCUGAUAGAUCUGUGUCCUAUCCAAUGGGUAUUGCGGAGGAUAUAUUGGUGAAGGUGAAUGAGUUUGUUUUCCCAGCUGAUUUUGUGAUAUUGGACAUGGAGGAGGAUAGAGCUGUACCUCUCAUUUUAGGAAGACCUUUCCUAGCCACGGGGAAGGCCUUGAUCGAUGUUGAUAAUGGAGAGCUCACAUUUCGUUUCAAUGGUGAAAGUGUGACCUUUUCUCUCUAUGAGGCCUUGAAGAGGCAUGAUGCAGACACAGGGGGAAGCUUGCAGCAUUGCAAUGUAGUGACCGUGGUGGAUGAGUGUGUUAGGAGGAUGGCCUACAUCAACUCUUCACAAGAUCAACUAGAAGGGAGUGUUUUUAAUUCAAUUUAUUCUUCCCAUCUUCCUGAGUUGUUGAAUACUAACCUCGAAUUAAUUGAGUUUGUAGGUGCUCUGGAUUCAGGCAAGGAGAUCCCCAGAUCACGCCGUCAACAGUUCUUACCUCUUAGGGAUGAAGAAUAA